AUGGCAGAAAAGUGCGUCCACCAGGGCUGCGGCAAGCUCUACUCUGAUGCUGAGGAGCCAUGUGUCUACCACCCCGGUCCUCCCGUCUUCCAUGAAGGCCAGAAAGGCUGGAAGUGCUGCAAACCCCGUGUCCUCACCUUUGAGGAGUUUAUGGCCAUCCCCCCCUGCACAACCGGCAAGCACUCCACAACCGACCUCCCCCCAAAGAUCGAGCAGAAGCCCCAAGCGGACCCCGCGGACGCGCCUUCUCUCCUCGAUAAGCUCGCAUCGGCAGCGGAACCGGCACGCAAGCCCCUCUCCCAAGCCACAGCCGCUCCCUCCCCUCCGCCUCCACCCCCGGAGUCCGAGUCCGACGACGCUUCCCUCGAGAUUCCCGACGGCACCACCUGCCGUCGUAAAGCCUGUUCGGCCACCUACCGCAAGGCCUCAUCGCGCGAUGGCGAAUCCUGCGUCCACCACCCCGGUGCCCCCAUCUUCCACGAGGGCUCCAAGGGCUACAGCUGCUGCAAGCGCCGUGUUCUCGAGUUUGACCAGUUUAUGAAGAUCGAAGGUUGCAAGACCAAGGGCCGUCACCUGUUCAUCGGAAGCGGCAAGAAGAAGAACGCUGCGGCAGCUGGCGGCGAGGAGAAGCUCGACACAGUCCGCACCGACUUCUACCAGACCCCUUCUACUGUCAUCGCCUCCUUCUUCCUCAAGAAGAUCGUCAAGGAUUCGGCCAAGAUCGAGUUCAAGUCGCAAUCCAUCGCACUUGACCUGCCCACCUCAGACUCGCCGCCCAAGCGCUACACCACCGAGGUACCUCUGUUUGCGCCAAUCGAUACGGAAAAGUCCACCUUCAAGGUGCUUGGCACAAAACUUGAGGUGAACCUUGCCAAGGCCGGCGGUGAGUCGUGGCCUGUCCUGCGCAGUGAUGACCGUCUCACUGGUGAGAUAUUACAAAUCGGCAAGGCGGGGCGCUUGCAAUAG